AUGACUAACAUUAUUAUUCCAUGCUCACAGAGCACAGAUGAACUAGUAAAGGACCAUGCUACAUCUAAGGAGCUCUGUAACAGCUCCACUGAAAAAUCAUCCUCAGCAUAUACCCUGGAAAAUGCCAGCCAUGUAAAAGAAAAAGCAAGCAUGGACAUCACAAUAUCUGGAGUUGAAUGCCAAGCUGUUGGCAACACACCACAUCCACCCAGUGCUGCAGAGGUUCACACAUUUGAUAAAUCAGGUGCCCGGGUAGGAGAUUAUUUGAACAGUAAGAAUAAUCAACAAUCAUUGGCCACCACCGAGAACUCUGCAACACAUAUAGAGCUGAUGGAGCAUAACCUUCCCAGGGUAUCUAUCCACACUGAUAAUCUGCAAAUACAACAGAAGGACCUAACAACUUCUUCUAACUGCAAAACCAAUGAUAAAAACCAAGACGUGCCCAUUCAAUCAACAGUUCAUGAACAGACCAUGCAGCCACAGAGCAGUAGUGCCACCAGCUUUUGCACAGCACGAAGCAUGGGCAACCAAAUCCAGCAAAACUGUGUUCAGAUUUGCACUUUCGUCCCUGCUCAUGUAUCAGGACACUGUAAGGUUGUGGAGGCUCCCUGCUACAGUCCAUGUCACCAUGCAGUUGUUAAGGACACCUUCGCUGCAUUUUGUCACCCUCAGCCUAUACCAGCUCCUGCCCAACUCAUACCACGGCUUCCAAGCACAGAGGGAGACUACAAGGGACAGAGAGUAGGACCAGCCUGUCUUACACUUCCUCCACUUAUUUCCUCAGUCAGUGAAACAAGGCUGGAUGCUAAAAGACUGACACACUGCUGUGGCUUGGAUUGCAACUGGCCUGGUCCUUUGUGCCAAACUAGAAAUCAGCUGCAAGCUGCAAAGCAAGAGAGUAAAAUCACAAAAGAUGCCGGGACUAUGACAUCCUGCAGGGAGCUGAGGGACAUGGGGGUGCAGGUAAGUCAGACAGACUCAGAAAGUUCAUCUCAGCAUGUCUUCCCCGAGGUCUGUCUGGUGGAUGAAACGGACACUGGAAGUACCAAGUCGUCAACACACAAGAACACUAAAGUAAAGGAGGUAAAGUGGGAUGCAGAAGGGAUGACAUGGGAGGUGUAUGGUGCUUCAGUAGAUCCUGAGGAACUUGGUCUGGCUAUUCAGAAGCACCUGGAGCUGCAGAUUAAGGAGACUGCAGAUAAAGCUGUAAAGAUUUCUCAACAGAACACCGUCACUAAACAGCCAGGCAAAGACAAAAGCCAGAGGAAAAAAAGCAGAGUAUUUGCAGCUCUGCGUCAUCCUUCAGUAUGUUGUACUCGCUCCUCUGCUGUAGCAGACUAA